GGAAGUGAAGAGAAAUUAAACAACAAACAGGCCAGGCCGAACGGGGGAGAAACUACGUUUACGUGUCGUCUGCUGAAUGAUAUGCACGUUAAAUGCUUCCUCUAAGAUUAAUUUAUACUCCGGUUAGUACGUUAAUAUUGGCGCUGCUUUCGACACAGGUUGUCUAAUUGAGGUCGGAAGAGGCAAAAGGGAGAAUAUGUAGAAGUCAUACUCUCUCCCUGCCCUCCUCCAGUUGCCUCCACGAGAGGAGAAACAGAAACUGCAAAAAGAAACUGAUUGAUCUUACAACUUGAUAGACGAUGGCGAACAACGUUGGAGAUGAAGCCAACGGUUUUAUAGCGGGUCAGGACCACGGGACACAGUUGUCCGCGAGUUUGGGUCAUUCUAUACCGGGGCACUCAUCAGCCUCACCGCCUCCGGCAGCAGCCGCAGAGACCGGCCUGGCUGUGGUCGCUCACGGGAUCGCGCAUACCAUCACUCCCGCCGUGGAGAGCGGGUUCAGUGUGCUGAGCCAUGCGUUGGACUCCCCGGUCACCGCGGCCCAGCAUCUGUCGCCUGGGAUCGUCUCGGCAGUCCCGGGUGGUGCGCCGAAUCUUGCCGGGGCGGGCCUCCUGUCCCAACUUCACGCCACCUCAUGGGACCCAACGUUAAGCACCGACUGGGAUAACGAAAAGGCGUCUCAGCAAUGCAUUCUCCGGAUAAAAAGGGACAUCAUGUCCAUCUAUAAAGAACCUCCUCCGGGAAUGUUUGUGGUUCCUGAUCCUCACGAUAUGACCAAGAUUCACGCCCUCAUCACUGGCCCCUUUGACACACCGUAUGAGGGUGGCUUCUUCCUCUUCCUGUUCCGUUGUCCCCCUGACUAUCCCAUCCACCCUCCAAGAGUCAAACUAAUCACUACUGGGCACAACACUGUUCGUUUCAAUCCCAACUUCUAUCGCAAUGGCAAAGUGUGCCUCAGCAUCCUUGGCACUUGGACUGGGCCAGCAUGGAGUCCUGCACAAAGCAUCUCCUCUGUUCUUAUAUCUAUACAGUCCCUAAUGACAGAAAACCCUUACCACAAUGAGCCAGGCUUUGAGCAGGAAAGGCAUCCAGGUGACAGCAAAAACUAUAAUGAGUGCAUCCGCCAUGAGACCAUGCGAGUUGCUGUGUGUGAUAUGCUAGAGGGUAAAGUGUCAUGUCCUGAGGCCUUGUGGAAUGUGAUGGAGAAAUCCUUCCUGGAGUACUAUGAUUUCUAUGAGGGGGUUUGCAAAGAACGUCUGCAUGUCCAAGGGCAAAACAUGCAGGAUCCUUUUGGGGAGAAGAGAGGUCGUUUUGACUACCAGGGCCUGUUGACCCGUCUCAGAGCCAUCCAGAGGCGAUUGCGGGAAAAGUGCCCGCCAGAGGACAACGACGGUGACUCUGACUCAGACACCAGCUCUUCCGGUACUGAUCCGGACAGUCAGGGCAGCUCACAGCCAUAGAGCACCCUCUAGUGGUGCAAAAAGAGCAAGGUUAGAUUGUUUCCCUUUACCUGCAGCUCUGAACUCUCAAGCGAGCACAAAUUCAAGGAGAGCUGAGAAAGCCUGGAGAAUCUGCUCAUGAAGAACAGGGGUUCUCUGAGUUUCUGUCCUUCUGAUUGGUUAAUAUUUUUCCACUUGUUCCUUGUGUGCUGUCCAAUGACUGCCUUUUGUUUUCACAGUAUUUCUUCCCUAAUGGAGAAGAGUUUCAGUCAAGUGGGGAAUAAUAAGGGCCUUGCAAGUUGCAAGGUGUGUGUUUGCGUCUUUAUAAGAGAGCGAUGUCAUGCCAAUUUCUCAGCAGGUCGACACAGCCUCUGCCUUUCAACUCCAUGUUUCUUUGCCACCUUUCUCAUCCCGUGUAGAGCUCCACAGAAAGAAGAAAUUCUAUUCAUACUAGUCAAAAAAUUUAUGAUAAGUAAACCACUCUUGAAAACAACCCAGCCUGCUUGCAAAUACACACAUCUCACCUAUAGUUCACGAAUUUCCUGGUCUUUUUGUUCCACUGUUUCCUCGAUGUCUGAUAGUGAUCAAAACAUUUAUCAUCUUGCCUAAUUAAAUCAUUUAAGAAAUGAAUAUAUGAUUAUAAAUUUAGUUGAUAUUGUAACGAAUUCAUAAUGAAUUGAAUACCACACUUUAAGAGAAAGAAAAAUAGAACUUUAAAAAAUGUACAUAGAAUUGUCCAUAGAGAUGUUUUAUUUUAAUGUUCAAUGUUCUUGAAAUGCUAUUGAACAGUAAAGUGAAAGUAUCAGCAUCCUGCAGACUGAUUCCCCAAACAUUUAUGGGAAAGGUUGCUUUUUGAGUGUUGUUGACUCUUUAAAAAUACUGUUUUGUUGGGUUAAUUUAAGUAUAUCUCUAAUUGUGAAGCUGUUGGUUGAGUUUGAAAAGAGACACGUCUCUUCUGUUAUUGUUCUGGGAAUAAUCUUGGGGAACUGAAUUUUCUACAUGGUGGAAACUUGCAUUUUGUUUAAUAAUUCCAGUCGUAAUGCUUAGACAUCAGUUCCACGCCAGUUUCAGCGCAGAAUGCCCCUCAAUAAUGCUACAAAUAUUAUAUUUUGUUGUCUUUACCGGGUAUACUGUGGUCACUGGUGUCCUCAUAUGCAACAGGAUGAAGCUGCCUAAAGGAAGAGUAUAAUGUUCAGACAUUAUAUGGCACCAUGGUUCAUGACUAGCUCAUGUAGUGCUCCUAUUAGUUUUCAUGAGAGUGCACCAACAAUCUAUUGCAAUCCAUCCCUUUAAAGAGCAGGUAGUUGAUCUAGUUCCCCGAAAUAUGCUAAAUAUGAAACCAAACAGCCGACAGCCUUUACUUUUCUGUGUACAUGUAAAUUUUUGUUGCAAGGAAAAGCAGCUGACUUUUCUGUGUAGAGCACUUGUUUCUUACCAGGCUUAGUCCUGGACUGUAUUACAGUUGAUGGUGAACCUCCAUUUAAAAAAAGUCCACAAAACACUUUCGACGAAGUUCUGUUGUAGCAGAUGGACCAUUACAAGUACAGUUCUGAGGUUUUUGCAUGUGUUAUAGUUUUAAUGCAGUUUUUUCUCCUAUAUGAGAGCUAAUGUACUCUGGUCUAGGACAUCACGUUUUGACAAAACAACACAGUUGGGUUCCUCGAUUUGUUUGUUUUGAAUGAACAAUUUCACACUAAACCUAUAGAAUGCUCUGUAACAGGAAAGAGUUCCCUAACUGUGAGUUUGACUUUGUGAUGUAGUAAUGCUUUUCCCUUGUUAGCGAAAUGAAAAUUAUGUAAAUAAUGUAUUAAUUGCAACUAAGAAGAAAAAUAUACAUAUACAACUUCUGAUUA